UGAGUACCGCCGGUGAUGCCCGAGGAGGGGGGGGUCCGAAGGGAUGGUGAUGGGCUGACAGAGGGCGGCGGGGCAGGGACCCCUCCCGUGCCCGUGCGGGAGCCGGGGUGUCGCAGCCGGGCCCCGGGGCGGUCCGAGGGGACGGUGACGGGCUGGCGGGGGGCGGGCAGCCGGAGCCCCCCCAGUGCGGGUGCGGGAGCCGGGGGGCCGCAGCCCGGCCCCGGGGCGGAGCGGGGCGGAGCGGCGCGGCCAUCCGGGCACCGCACCAUGGCGGCGGCGGCGGAGGAGCCGGAGGGGCGGCGGGGCCGGGGGCCGCGGCCGGGGCCGGCGCCGGGCAGCCCCGCGGGGCGGGCGGUGGGCGAGGGCUCGCCCGGGGGCGGCGGCGGCCGCCGCGUCUUCAGCCCCGCCGGGGAGUUCCGCGAGUUCUCCCGGCGGCAGCUCCGCGACAUGGAGCGGCUCUUCCGACAAUACGACGCAGGGAAGGACGGCUUCAUUGACCUGAUGGAGCUGAAGCUGAUGAUGGAGAAGCUGGGGGCUCCACAGACACACCUGGGCCUGAAGAACAUGAUCAAGGAGGUGGAUGAAGACCUGGACAGCAAGCUCAGCUUUCGAGAGUUCCUGCUCAUUUUCCGGAAGGCAGCAGCAGGAGAGCUGCAGGAGGACAGCGGGUUGCACGCCCUGGCCCGGCUCUCUGAGAUUGACGUCUCCACAGAGGGGGUGAAAGGCGCCAAGAACUUCUUCGAGGCCAAGGCACAAGCCAUCAACGAAGCCAGCCGCUUUGAGGAGGAGAUCAGGGCUGAGCAGGAGGAGAAGAAGAAGCAGGCGGAGGAGCUGAAGCAGAGGAAGGCGGCCUUCAAGGAGCUGCAGUCCACCUUCACGCAGUGACGGGGCUGGGCAGGACUGGUCAGCGGUGCCCGGGCUGGGAACGCUGCAUGUGCCACGUGAUAACCAUGCCGGGAGCGAUGCCAGAGCCACGUGCUGCUCCGGCUGCCAACGAGAUCCCGGCGCGGGCUCGGCACAGCGCCCACCUUGCUGGCAGAGCCCGGUCGGCCCCAACUCCUCCCUCCCCUCUUGCUGUGGUGUCUGUAGGUGUUGUUCGUGCCCCCCCCAUACCCAGCAUGCCCCCCACCCUGAGCAGCCCCUGUUCCAUGCCCGCAGCUGCACCGGGGGUUGCUGCUGCUGAGUCCCAGGGGAGCCGUGUCCGGAAUGCCCGUCCCUGGGACACCUGUGCCUGGACUGUUGUCUGUUGUGUGUGCACUGGGAAGUUUGCAGGAUGGGGGCUUGCCCAGGUGGCCGUGGUGGGUGUUGUGGUGGCCACACUGGCUCAGUGUCUGUCGGUAUUGCCACGUGUCACGGAUGACAAAGGUUGUGGUGAGUGCUGGGUGCUGGCAGAUGGGCUCUGUGUGUGUGUGUGGGGUGUGUGUGUGUGUGGUGCUGGGGGGUGGGUGCCCACCCUGCUGGCAUGGAGCCCCCAGGAGCUGUGUCUCUCUUUGUUUUGGUCGAAGACAUGCAGAAAGGCAGCUGCUGGCUCGUGGGGCUGUGUUAUGUUUUUUCAUGUUGUAUUCAGCCUGGGAGGGUGAGCAUGGUGGCCACAAGUGGUUGCCAUCAUCAUCAUUGAGGCUCCUCUGUUGGUGGGUGGCUGUAAAGACCCACAUUUGUCCCACACUGUCCCCUGAGUGGCGAUAUAGGGGGUGUGUUAUGUUUUUUUUAAUUUAAUCCCAAAUAAAUAUUAUAUUUCUUAA